GCAAUAACAAAAACAACAACAUGGAGCCGCAAGAGAGGGCGGCGGCACCUUCUCGUUGGCAAGGAGAGGACGAGAUGAACGGUCCUGAUGGACAAACAGGCCCAUCAGAAGCCCGAGGUCAAAGUAAUGCUAUGUCACCGCUGGAAGCUUUACAGCUAGACUUCCAGGACAGUCAUCUGUCUCCUGCGCUGCCACUGCUGCCGCUGACCUCAGGACUGGAGCACAGCGUCACCGGAUGCUCUUUUUUUCAGCAAGGCGAUCCAGAAUUUGCUCCCUUAAGGGCUUUUCCUGAUGUUUCUGUGGCAUCAGAGAGGUUCCACCCUCCUCUCCGGGACAGCACCGCCCAUUCCUCUGAGCAGAGUUCACUGUCCCAGCACCCUUUGGCCCAGACAACCCUCCUCUCUGACGAAGGAGCAGACGACAGUUUGUCGGCAGGAAGCAAAGUCAAACAGGAGGAGAUGGCUCCUCUUCUUUCGAGUGACGCUACGGCCAAUACACCACAAGCUCUACCGGGAGAAGGUGGCAAAGAGCUGGAGUCGCAGGCGCUGCCCGACCCGACAGACGGGAAUGCAGGUGGAAUUCACGGAGAUGAAACGUUCUUUCUGAGGGAAGACGUUCCCGCACGGCAGCUUCUGGAUCUGCUGCAGAAAGAAGUGGGCAUGCAAAGCAGCAGCAGCAGCAGCGCCGUGUCCUCCGAGUCCCAGACCUCUACGAAAAGCAAGCCAAGGCCCACAGAAGCUUACAAAGGCGUGAUGUUUGAAAGACAAGGUCCGCCGGGGGAAGCAAGUCCUUCCCAGCAGCAGGAAAAGCACCAAGAAAUGGGUAACAUUACCAGCGGCUCCCGCAGGACCCAACCCGACGACAGCAGUGAAGAGCUGCACAGACAGCUGCUCUACGAAGUACGGAGACUCAGCAGCCGGGAGGCAACCGAGGAGCCGAAAGGUCCGACGCCGGCUCCUCGCUCCGUCACGCCGUCUGUCAAAGAAUCCCGGGGCAAGUGGAGCGAGACGCCGUUUCCGGCGGGUUCUGAGUGGGUCCACAGAGAACGACACCUGUGGUCCUCAAAGAAGCAGACGGGGAGCGACGACUCCUACCUUGGUUUCCUUCCACAGUCUCAAUCCACGCCAGCCGUCUUCCUCGCGCCAUUCAGAUUCAAGGGCGAGGCUAAACCCGGGCGACGUUUCGCCGUGGGGUCUAAUGACGACGUCUUGUACCGAUCCGGCGCGGGCACGGCGUCAGCUGGCGGCCGUCUCCCAGACUCGGCCAAUCAGAGAGCAGAAGAUGCUCUGCAGGCCUCUGACAAAGUCCAUUCCCUCCCAAGUUUCAACUAUCUGCAGAAAGUGGAUGCCUGGAGGACCAAAGCGAGCUCAGAGAGGACGCCGCCGUUAGAGAGCCCAGCCCUGCACAGACUUUCUGGAGUUUCUCCUGAGAGGAAAGGGGAUGAGGCAGGAUCCGACGCCCCGAAUCAGGGCCUUACCCAGCAGGCUUUACGCCAGCCUUCCACCAGCCACGAUGCUCCACAGAUCCCCUCCUCUGCUCCCUCUGGAGGUCCUUCUCCAGGGAGAGGGGAGGCUGUGGGCGGAGCUCCCAGUGACUUGGAGAAUAAGGGACCCGCCGCGCCGCCUUCCGCCUCUCCCCUCGGCAGGUCACAGUCCCUGUCGUCCCUCAGCACAGUCGUCAUGUCAGCUGACAAGCGCCAGCAGACCAACGUUGUUCCAGGAACCAAGACGUCUCAGAGUCAGACGGACGCUCCUGCUCCCCCCGGUGCCGCCAUUCAACCCUCGGCCCUCGACAGCCUCGGCCACUUCAGCGACGUCUCUGCCGACCGAGAACCUUCCAGCUCCCUGGAUAGUUACGCAGAAGUUAAAGUAGGCCCUUCUGUCGGAACGUCUUCUGUGGUCAGCCUGGAGCUUGAUAAUUAUGCCCCCUAUUGGACUUUUAAACGUCCAACAGCAUCGCCGGCGCCGCCGCCGGGGCCCAAAGAGCUCAACAUCGACGAGCGAAUCCCGCUAUAUCUUCAGAACCUGGGUAUCGACCAGACUCCGUCCAAAAUCCUGACUCCGUUUGCACCCAGAGGGCCCAUUAGAGAGCCUGAGUUCUCUCCCACGGAUCUCUGCACCAUUAAAGGGUCUUCUGGAAGCCCUUCGAAGAGCACCCAGCCCUCUGAGGGUAGCAGUCCCCAUAAAGGCGAGUUCUCCAGGUCCAGCAUCCUGUCGGCAGACUCCAGCAUUUCCAUCCCGUACAGCCUGGACAGUCUCGGCCCAGCCGCCUACAUGUCGGAGCAGUUCAGAGCGAGGACGUCUGUUACAUCCGAUCCAGAAGGUGCUCAGAGGGAAAGCAGACCGCUAUCCUGCUCCCAGCCCGAUGAACCCUCCCAUUCCUCCAUGCUGCACCCUUUACAGCAGCAGCAGCAGGAUUCCAACCAAAUAGACCACAGGUCUGAGUCUACCUCUGUCGCUGUUGGUACAGAGGGAAACUUGGCUCUGCAGAACGGAGGUAGUACGGAUCAGGACGCAGAAAAUUCCUUCGUUAGCGCAAGGGCAUUGUCAGAUAUUCGUAAACUGCUCUCUCAAGCAGAGAACAUGAUAUCUACAGGGUCCUCCACAGCCUCGUCGGGACCUAACGCACCCCAUCUCUUCUCUGGUAAAGACACUUUCCGGCCACCAGAGACCAAAGCCAGCAGGCUCCUAAGCUCCUCCUUCUCCUCCUCCAGCUCCACAGGCGGAGACCUCAAAUCUCAUUCCUCUCUGCCGUGGGCCAGGUCCUCUUCAGACUCCAUGCUGACAUCAGAGAAAUCAAAGCAAAGCUCCUCCGCCCGAGAGAGUUUGACCUCGUCUUGGCCGCCCGGCAAUCCGUCCAACCAAGCCAUCAGUGUGGGACCCCAAGGUGGGGCUGCCAGCAACGGUGCAGGGACGUCUGUUAUGUCCAAGUCAGCCCGGAGGACAGAGCCUGAGGGAUGUAGCGCGGCGCCUCCAGACAAAACCCCGACGCUGCCGGUGGCGCCAGCGGCGGCAGGCACACAGCAGCUUAGCUCGGCUUCUGCAGACGGGGCAGGGGUACCAGAAGAAGAAGAAGAACAGGCUACACCCGGUGAUCCUGGUGCAGAGAGUCGCUCUUCCUCUCCUGUUCUCGGGGACGCCGAUCAGGGCGGGAUGAGCGACGGCAGCAGCGAGAGCUCCCUGGCCGUCAGAGUGGCCAAGUUACUGCAGAAUGAAUCUCCCGCCACCAUGGCAUCGAGCACGCCCAGCGUCACCGACCAGGAAGAGGGCAAAGCCAGAGAGUGGAUCCAGUCCAAGGUUUCGGGACGGCAGUGUGAGCCGCUGAGGUUGGACGCGGAAGACAGACGACGUAUUGAAGAAAUCAAGAGCGAGCUCCUCUUAAGAAAUCCAAUGAAGCCUGCCAUCUCUGGACAGUGUAGGUCUCACGCUCAAGGUAACACGUGCGAUGUGUGCCAGCCCUGUGAAAAUAAGCAGUUUCCCUGUUUUCGGUUUGCUGUGUGAAACCUUUGUCUGGGGAUCUUUGGGUUUGAUUGACCAAUUUGCGGGACACAAGUUGUUGCAAAGCGCAAUUUUAUGUACAGCUGUACACCGUUGAUUGUUUUAUUCAGACAGUGUCACAGAUCAAAGCAGUCAGGCGUAAUCGUGACGUAGAAGAAGAAAGAUGCGUACAAAACAUGCAAGAAAACACUGGAAGAUCCACCUUCCAGCAGGGCGGCCACCCUGUUGGAAGGUCUUAACUAUUUUAAGACGGUGUCAUUCUAAAUGUGACAACAGCACCCCCUGCUGUUUGAUCUGUACCUGCAGUCAGCAGU